UAUCAUUGUUGUACUUGUACAUUCUCAGUCUGAAGAGCAAUUUGACGUGUCUCUGCCAUUCUCACCUGGACCUACAAAUCCUGCAAUUGAUCUGCCAUGUCAAAUCCUCUUGAUCAACCCGAAAUUCCCACCCCGGUGCCGCCAUCUACCGCCACGCCCGCUGCUGCCUCCGUCAGCCAACAAGACCACCAAUCCGACAAGCGACAGCCUUUGGCAAUCGAGUAUAACAAUCCCAGCAAGGAGGAGGAAGUGCAAACUCUUGAUCUGGGAGAAGGAAAUGUGAUCAAGCUGGACAAAUUGGGACCUAUGAUCAUUAACAAUGACGGGACUUUGUCGAGGAUCCAAAAUUGGCAAGAUCUCCAUCCCAUUGAGCAAGAGAGGACUGUGAGGCUCCUUGUGAAGAAACGUAAUCUUGUGCGACUAAAGAACCUGAGUGAUGUCGAGAAGGCAAAGGGAGAGGAUAAUGGGGAAGAGCUGACUGUCCUAAAGGAGGGAAAUGAGGAGGAGUAAUAGAAAACUCAGUACAGUAUCUGUUGAUUAUAAUCAAAAUGGACGUAGCCUUUUGUAUCCUUCCGAUUGAACCGAUCGGUUGGUGUAGCGAGGAAUCAGUGGUCUUUGCAGAAUGUCUAAAGGGCUAAGGGGUCUUUUGAUGAAAAGAAAUCAUUACAUGCCAUCAACAUCCAUUACUAUCAAUAUGCGGAAAACUUCUAUCCGAAACUCUUCAACUCUAUACCUUUACGUUCCUUCGCUACUCCGCCAUUCGCGGCACCUUGUUUUUGACCAACGGCGUCUCUGAUCGCAUGCUCCAAUUCUCCUCUCUCGCCUUCUUUCAUCGCCAUUGUCGCCUCUUUGAACGCCCCUGGUCCUGAUUGGGCGAGGCCAAGUAGAACGGCAGCAGCCACCCCGUGAAGCUGUGAUGAGGAUUGUCCUUGACCUGUUGAUCCGGGCGGAUCGAGCAUCAGGCAGAGCGUCGGUAAUAAAACUCCAUAUCCUCUGGGCUUAUGUUCCUCAGGUAAGCCAGUAC